AUGGAAAAAGAAUUAAAAGAGAUAUUAAGAGAUGAGAUGAUGAAACAACUAGAGGAGAAAGACAAACAACUGGAUGAUAUGACCCAGGAAGUGAGAGAGAAAGAGAGACUACUGGAGGGAAAAGAUAAUGAAAUAAAGGAGAAGAAGGUUGAACUAGGAGACAAAGACAAGAAAAUAAAGGAAAAAGACCAUCAACUAGAGGAGAGAAACUAUAGACUGGAUGAUAUGACCCAGGAAGUGAGAGAGAAAGAGAGACUACUGGAGGAGAAGAACCAGACAAUGGGACAGAGGAAUAAACUAUUAGAAGAGAAAGAAAACCAACUGGAACAGAAAGAGAAGCAACUAAAGGAUAGAGACAUUCAACUAGAGACACUGAGAAAGAACCUGCAGGACAAGAACAGCCAAGUAGAGAACUUCAGAGUCCUACUGCAGGAAAAAGACCUUCAACUAGAGGACAGGAACCACAAACUGGGAGAGAAAGACAUACUACUGGAAGAGAGGGACAAACUACUGGAGGAAAAAUAUAAUGAACUAAAAGAGAGGAGGCAGGAACUAGAAGAGAAAGAUAAACUACUAGAGGAGAGAGAGAAGCAGUUAAAGGAACGAGACAAACAAGUGGAGGAUGUCAACAAUGAAAAUGCGGAACUGGGUAAGAUUAUUACAACCAUUAAUACAUUUAGUCUACAGUACUUUCCUCAAUUCUCAGGUUAUUGUAGACUCUCCUCUGAGUUGGGAAUAUUGUUUUACAUCACUUCAUACUUUCCCUCUGCAUCAUAUUUCUGUCUAAAGUCUUUAACAUAGAAUUCAGAUGUUAGUCUUCCUUUGUUAUUUCAGCUCAACAGAUAUGUGAUGUGAAGACUGAGCUAGAGAGACUGAGAAGAGAGACCUCAGCCCAGAUGACUGGUGAGUGAGAUAUGUGAUACUUAACAUUAACAUUUCACGAGAAACCCAGAACUACCCUUAAGUAGGUCUAUGUGCCUUCAUGUGUUACUGAGGUAAAUGUUCCCAUUAUAAAUGGAUGUUAUUUGUUGUUUUAGAACAUGGAGACACCUCAGAUACAGGUUCCAUACUCCCAGUCAGGAGGAGACACAGCAUGGAUUAUCCUCCACUCAGUGAGUUAUCAAUAUUGUCCUGCUUUCUCCUACUGUUUCUAGUCUAUAGUGGACCAUCCUUCACUUAGUGAGUUAUCAAUGUUGCCUCAAACUGUCAUCAAUCUUGAUAUUCUCUAUUUUCUCCAAUAAUCUAUAUUUCACUAUGAUGUGUAAUGUAUUUGUUGUUUGUGUAUACUAUGUUUUUAAAUGUGUCACUGAUGAAACAGUAUGUUGACCAGUUCUCUAUGUUGUGUUACAGUGGGAGGAGAGACCUCCGGUACAGACCCCACACUUCCACUGAGGAGGAGAAACAGCAUGGAGUUAAAUCCUCCUGAAAGUGAGUUAUGGAUGUAGCUUACAUUAUAUUUGACACUGUGUUGUACAUUAUCCAGAGAGUCAGUGUGUUGAACAGUGCUGUGUGUUGUGUUGUGUUGCAGUGGGAGGAGAGAGCAGCAGUCCAGACUCCCCAGUGUCUCCCAGUGUGUCUGAGCUGAGACUGGUGCUGCUGGGGAGGACUGGGGCUGGGAGGAGUGCAGCAGGAAACACCAUCCUUGGCAGAGAGGAGUUUGGGGCCCAGGCCAGCCCCUCUGCAGUGACCCAGAGGAGUAAGAGGAGAGAGGGGGACGUGUCUGGGAGACGGUUGGUGCUGGUGGACACUCCAGACUGGUUCUGUCCUGGACUCUCUCUGGAUGAGAUGAGACAGGAUGUGGGGCUCUGUGUCCGUCUGUCUGCCCCAGGACCCCACGCCUUCCUCCUGGUCAUACCAGUGGAGCCCUCCAGGGGGGAGGAGAGAGGGGUGCUGGAGAGAAUAGAGGAGAUGUUUGGGGAGGGUUGUUGGGGACACACUGUGAUUCUAUUCACCCAUGCUGAUGGCCUGAAAGAGCAGAGCAUUGAGGAGUUUCUCCAAGCAGGGAGUCAGGACCUCCAGCAGCUUGUAGAGAAAUGUGGGAGCAGGUACCACGUCCUCAACAUUAAGGACAGGGCCCAUGGCACUCAGGUCCCAGAGCUGCUGGAGCAGGUAGAGGAGAUGGUGGCAGGAAACAGAGAGAGAUUCUACAGCAGUCAGACCUACCAGGAGUCAGAAGACCAGGUCAGAGAGAUGGAGGGAAAGAUCCAGAGGGAGAAAGAGGAGAGGAAACAGAGGGAGGAGAGAGAGGUGAGAGAUAGGUUUCAGAAGGAGUUGCAGGACUCGCUGAAGAAGAUAGAGGGAGUGAUCCAGGAACAUGAAGGAGAUAUCAGAACACUCAGUGAAAGAACCACUGAACUGGAGAGACAGGUGAAAGAAGAGAGGGAUGAGGAGAAGAAAAGGGAGCUGGAGAGAGAGCUGAAGAAAGAGUUUGAUAGGAGGGAGGGGAUGGAGAGAAAGCUGGAGAGAUUUAGAGAGAAGAGAGAGAAUGAGAGGAGAGAGAUGGAGGAGAGACACAGACUGGAGAUAGAGGAGAUGAUGGAGAACUAUGAAGGAGAGGUCAGAGUUGAAGCAGAGAGAAACCUGAUGAAGAUAGUCCUACCUGAGUUACAGAGGAACAUCAUGAUCUCACAGACAAAGAUGCAGAGGGAGUUCAGCAGACAGAUGGAGGAGAAGAAUAGACAGAUGAAGGAGAAGGAUGGAGAAAUGGAGAGACUGAGACAGAACUUGAAAGAGGUCAGUAAAGCUCACUCAGUGUUGCAGAAGAGACUGGUACGAGAGGGGAGAGGUCAGAGGGCACUGAUAGGAGUGUUGAGCUGGGUCAGGAGAAACUCAUCAAGUUGGCUUCUCCACAAUCUGAUAUGA